AAUCAGCAUCAAGUGGCCUUCACAACAUUCGAAGCCCAAUGGAGCACUAUUGUUCUAUAUCGUCUGAUAGUGGGUCAGCGGAUGGGUCUAGGCAGCCCCCAGUUGGGGAUUCAGCCCCGGUGUCCUUUAACAAGGGGUCAUCAAGGUCACUACCAGCAUCCACCUCACCACAAGCCCAACAGGACCCUGCUACAUUCAGGUCUGAGCCAGCAGCAAGAGCUAUACCACAAGUGAUGGGAAAUAACCCUGGUCAGGUGACUGGAAAUAACCCUGGUCAGACGACUCGAUAUAACCCAGGUCACGUGACUGGAUAUAACCCUGGUCAGGUGACUGGAAGUAACCCUGGUCAGGUGACUGGAUGUAGCCCUGGUCAGGUGACUGGAUAUAACCCUGGUCAGGCAACUGGUUAUAACCCUGGUCAGGCGACUAGAUAUAAUCCUGGUCAAGUGACCCGAAAUUACCCUGGUCAGGUGACUGGAUAUAACCCUGGUCAAGCGACCCGAAAUAACCCUGGUCAGGUGACCGGAAGUAACCCUGGUCACGUGACUGGAUAUAAUCCUGGUCAAGCGACCCGAAAUAACCCUGGUCAGAUGACUGUAUAUAAUCCUGGUCAAGCGACCCGAAAUAACCCUGGUCAGGUGACUGUAUAUAGCCCUGGUCAAGCGACCCGAAAUAAUCCUGGUCAGGUGACUGGAUAUAACCCUGGUCAGGUGACUGGAUAUAACCCAGGUCAGGUGACUGGGAAUAACCCUGGUCACAUGACUGGAAUUACCUCGGAACACCCAACAGCUCAGUUGAUGCAACAAAGAGUGCCUGAACAAAAUCAAGAACAAGCAGAAAGCUUUUCCUCUGAGAACAUAUUUUUUUCAAGUUAUCAGCAGCAGCAACAGUAUGACCCGUCGAAUCAGCAGGGUGUCGUGAUGGAGAACUAUGUGCAGCCUGUUCCCAAUCAAGGAGCA